AUGGUGAAGGAGGCGUUGAAGAAGCUGGGGUCCACCGUGACGGAGUCCUUGGAGCAGUUGCAGAUCACGAGGAUUGGAGUGGGCCCACUCAAGAACGACACAGUUCGAGCAAGUGAGAGAUGGGGAAGAAAGGGAAGGAGGCGGCGCGAGCAGCGCCGCCGCGAGGUCACCCUCCUCCGGGGCUUCCCCUACGAGCCCCACCAGCGAUGGUGGGACCGCCUGGCGCCGCGGGCCGUGGCGGUGGUUACGGGUGCCAACCGCGGGAUAGGCUUCGAGGCCGCCUGCCAGCUCGCGCUCCACGGCCUCCACGUCGUGCUCGCCUCCCGCGACGCCGCCAGGGGCCAGGAAGCGGCGGGGAGGAUCCUGGCUGAGGUUCCAGACGAGGCGGACGUGAGCGUGGAGUCGCGGCAGCUCGACGUGGCGGACACCGCGUCGGUGGAGGCCUUCGCGGCCUGGGCGGUGGAAACCCACGGCGGCAUCCAUGUCCUUGUGAGCGCACUCUCAUCGCUUUCCCUAUACUCCUGUAGUCAUGUUGUAUGUGUGAACUUCAACAAAGGAGCAGAUAAUUCUGUCGAGUUUGCUGAGCAAGUUAUUGAGACGAAUUACUAUGGCACAAAGCGGAUGAUUGAUGCUAUGAUACCACUAAUGAAUCACUCUCCUUAUGGUGCUCGGAUAGUGAAUGUCAGCUCAAGGCUUGGUAGAGCCAAUGGCAGGCGGAAUAGAAUUGGUGAUGCAAGCCUAAGAGGUCAACUGUUGAAAGAUGAUUGUUUAUCAGAGCAGCUAAUUGAUGAGAUGAUCACAAAAUUUCUUGAACAAGUCAAGCAAGGUACUUGGUCCUCCAAUGAAUGGCCACAGAUGUACACGGACUAUUCGAUCUCAAAGCUUGCUGUUAAUGCUUAUACGCGACUCAUGGUGAGGAGGCUCUGGGAUCAGCCUGAAGGCCAAAAGAUAUACGUUAACUGUUUCUGCCCUGGCUGGGUAAAAACUGCCAUGACUGGUUGGGAAGGGAAUAUUUCUGCCGAAGAAGGUGCUGACACAGGUGUCUGGCUCGCCUUAUUACCUCAGGAACCAACCACAAAUGGGAAGUUCUUCGCCGAGAGAUGUGAGAUAAGCUUCUAA